AUGGCCACUUCAAGUGGGUCUAUGGUACAACCCAUGCCACCUUUUGAUCCGGACAGCGAAAUUGGAACAAAUCUCGCUCCAAAAUGGAAGAUAUGGAUAGAAGAUUUUCAGAUGUAUCUAGUCGCAACGGGCAUAACUGACAAGAAACGACAACGUGCAUUGCUUUUGUAUCAAGCUGGCGCACGGGUUCGUGAAAUAUUUCGCCAACUCCCGGACACUGGGGAUGAUUUGGAAACAGCAGUGGCAAAGUUGAACGAAUACUUUGAACCCCAAAAGCAUCGCCUUUAUGAGGUAUACAAAUUUCGCCAAGCCGCUCAAGAGAACAAUGAAUCCAUUGAUCAAUACCACACUCGGUUGCGAAGCUUAGCAGAACGAUGCCAGUUUGGGAAUAUGGACUUUGACAUUAUGCUACAAAUUGUCCUAAAAGGAUCAUCAAGCCGACUUCGAAAGCAAGCGUUACGGGACCCUAAAAUGACGCUCAAAGAUUUACUGAUCGCCGGUAGGCAGAUAGAAAUGAGUAACUUUCAAGUGGCCGACAUUGAACAAAAACAAUUCGAACGGCAGGAAUUACACGCUCUACGGAAAAACACGCGUCAACAGCCUUCCAAAGGCACUUGUCGAAAUUGUGGCGGCGAAUGGCCACACGAGAAGGGCAACUGUCCUGCUCGGGGCAAAGAAUGCAGAAAGUGUGGCAAGCUAAAUCACUUCGCCAGACAAUGUCGUUCGUCGAAACCCGACAACGAAGUACCGAAUCAUUAUCCAGAGAGUAAUCGCCGGGGUAACAAGAUCCGACCGGUUGUUGGCCCUCCGGAUAAUCAAAGUGAAUCCAGUUCAAGUGAUGAGUCCAGCUAUUGUUAUGCGGUCAAGACAACAGCUAAAAAUAACCCCACUACUAAGGUCACAAUAAACAAACAUCAGGUGAAAUUCACCGUAGACACAGGCUCCACUAUUAAUGUCAUCGACCAGUCUACCUUCAAGCAACUGGGACCAAUCACACUUCGCAAGACCCGUAUCAAGGCCUAUCCCUUCAAUGGAACGGUUCCAGUCAAAAUGAAAGGCAAGUUUCAAACCACUGUCGAAUCGCGGAAGAAGAUCACUGUGGCAACCAUUUAUGUGACAGAAGCCGACGGGGGGUGUCUCCUUAGUGCAAAUACGGCCGAAGACUUGGGGCUUAUCACAUUACAUUUGAACCACAUCAAAACUACAAAACCCAACAGCCAAGCAGCCCAACAAGGGAAUAUUCCAGACAAAGGCGUACAGCGUAUUGUAAACAAGCAUUCCAGGGUUUUUCAAGGACAGGGCAAAUUGCGUAACAAACAAAUCGAGUUGAUUAUCGACGAAGCCGUGAAGCCAGUGGCUCAAAAGCAACGUCGAAUACCCUUUCACUUGCGCGAAAAAGUAGAACGUGAACUGUCCAAAUUAGAACAUGAUGAUAUCAUUGAACCGGUACCUGACACCGAAGAAACCGAAUGGAUUUCUCCUCUGGUCAUUGUUCCUAAGAAAGACGAUAAGAUACGGUUAUGUGUUGAUAUACGAGCAGCGAACAAUGCAAUCAAACGUGUUCGACACCCAAUUCCAACUGUGAAGGAUGUUUCGUUAGAACUAAACGGUGCUAAGUUUUUCACAAAACUGGACUUGACGCAAGCAUACCAUCAGCUAGAAUUAUCUCCAAGUAGUAGACACAUCACAACAUUUGUCACACAUACGGGUAUAUAUAGAUUCAAGCGACUUAAUUAUGGAACUAAUUCGGCGGCAGAGAUAUUUCAACAUACGUUACAGCAAGUCUUACAAGGCAUCAAGGGGGUACGGAAUAUCGCAGACGACAUUCUUAUAUUUGGAAGCACUUAUGAAGAGCAUAACACAUCUUUGGAAGAAUGCUUACAACGAUUGGAGGACAAUGGGCUAACCUUGAAUUUGGGUAAGUGCUUGUUUUUGAAACAGAACCUUGAUUUUUUUGGUCUGGUGUUUUCUAAGGACGGUGUUAGCCAAGACCCAAAGCAAAUAUCAGCCCUUGCGAACAGUACCACUCCAACAACCCCAAGCGAAGUCCGUAGCUUACUUGGGCUGGCAAACUUUAGUGCUCAAUUUAUACCUAAUUUUGCCACCAUCACAGAACCACUUCGUAUGCUUACCCACAAAAACAUCCCAUUUACAUGGCGGGACGAACAAGAGAAUGCAUACCAAACCCUAAAAACUGCCUUGAUAAGUAAACCUGUGAUGAGCUAUUUUGAUCCGGGCAAAGAAACAGUCAUAAUAGUUGAUGCCAGUCCAGUGGGACUAUGUGCAAUUCUAGCACAAAGAGCCAAAGGUUCAACAAAAACACAAACAAUAUGCUAUGGUAGUCGAGCACUUACCUCAACUGAGAAACGCUAUUCUCAGACCGAGAAGGAAGCCCUUGCGAUUGUUUGGGGUAUAGAGCACUUCCAUCUGUACCUGUAUGGGGCCCCAUUUACACUAUACACAGAUCACAAACCGCUUGAACUCGUUUAUGCAAACCCCUUGUCAAAACCCCCAGCUAGGAUCGAAAGAUGGAUCCUGCGGUUGCAGCAAUAUGAUUUUAAAGUGGUGUACAAAGCGGGGAAAGACAACCCUGCAGAUUUUUUGUCACGUCACCCUUUGCCAGGCAAAGCAAAGGAAAGCAACAUAGCUGAUGAAUAUGUUAACUUUGUAACUGUUGCAGCAGUUCCCAGUGCACUCACUCUUAGCGACAUCAGUAAGGCUGAGGAUAAAGAUCUCUGUACCUUAAGAGAGGCAGUUGAAACAGGGCACUGGGUGAACAAUAGUCAGCUAGAACCAUAUAAGUAUAUUAAAGAUGAAAUCACAGUUGAUUCGUUCAUUCGAGAGUAG